AUGGAGGCCGAGCCGCCUAAAGAUGCACAGAUGGGCGUUUGGACCUGUAUGGCCUAUGUGGUGGGCAACAUCGUGGGCUCCGGGGUGUUCAUCACGCCGGGCGGCGUCUUGGAGCAGACCGGCUCAAUUGGGCUAUCGCUAGCCGUUUGGCUCGGAUGUGGAGUCAUUUCAAUAAUGGGGGCGUUCGCCUACAUCGAGCUCGCGACAGCAAUCCCUGACCCGGGCUGCGAUUUUGCGUACAGCUGCUACCUCGGAUGGGAGGGAGUGGCGUUUGCCUUUAUGCUGUUGCGACGUGCAGUAGGUGACGAG